CAUUCUGAUACUCAUAGCAUCUUUCUGUUUCACCUGAAACAUGCUCUGAUAUUAUGAGGCAUAUUCUGUGAUCUGAGCAAAUCAGAUGGGAAAAGUUAUAACUGUCAAUAAGUGUGAUUGUUAUCAUGUAAUCAUCUACCUUAAUGUCAAUACAUUACAUAAUAGGCAUUGUAUUUAACAGCAGAUAUUACAACAGGCACAGUUACACAAGUUUAAUGACCCCAAUUAGAUGAAAUAUGAGCUGGGAUGAAAGAUCUCAAAAAUCCUCAAUUUUGGGCUCUCCUGGAUCGCCAAAUCAAGCUCAUUAUAUCAUGGCAUCUCAGGGCUGAGAAGAUUUGAGAUGGCAUGGUUUAUCAUGAUGUACAAUUUAUAUGAGUUGAACAUGAAUACAUACAAUUUAUAAUAAUACAUGUUAUAAAAUAUUAAAAUAUACAAUUACUGCCUGCAUGAUAAAUCCAUGAGUGAAAUUAUAAACAUUAUGGAUACAACAAAAUGUGGAAAAAUAACAUUACAUGCUCACAGCUUAUAGCUCAAUAACAAUUUAUCAAUAUUUUUUGUAAUUAUAUUUAAAGGAGUGUAGAGAGGGUAGAGAUUGAAGGGAAGUUGGCAAUUUAUUCCAUAUCAUUGAUCCAGAGUAUUGAACUGAUUUCUUAGUUAAGUUUGAUUUAAAUCUACAUGGAAUUAUAUGUCGUAUUUGUCUUGUGAGACGAGAGUGUUUAAAAUUAAAAUACUGUUUGAAUAGAUGGGAUGGAAAAAGUGCAGGCUCUUUUACAAUGUUAAACAUGAAUUUUUUUUUUCUUUUUCUAACUUGUGAAUAUCAAAUAUAUAACCUUCUGAAAUUGUUUGCGAUAACCUAAGUGCUUCUUUGAACACCUGCCAAUUUGAACACUUUUGGCUGGUCCCAUGGGCAUUCGGAUUAGACAGGUUUUACUGUAUGUAUAUUAAAUGCUACGAAAAGUCUCAUUUGAUUUUGGGCUGGACAAAGGAAGGAUGGCAAAAAUCUUCUCUGAGAGUCACCUUAGAUGUAUUACAAUAACAUCAUUUAUUGUAGCAUGUAUGGCUAAAUUCUGGAUUGGAAGUGUGUUUAUUUUCAAUGUAUAUUCACUGGCAUUGAAACACACCUUCAACUACACACAGGGUGACGUUGAUAUGAUGGCUUCCAUGCAACACUUUGGAUUUCAUUUUGCAUUGCCAGCUGGGAUAGUCCAGGAUACGUUCGGACCUACGAUUACAUCAGGCAUUGGAUCAAUCCUAACAUCUACAGGAUACUUAUUGCUAUGGAGCUCAACAAAGAACAUCGAGUUUUACACUUCCAAACCAGGAUUGUUAAAGUUAUAUUUCUUCAUGAUUGGACUGGGAGUGUCCUUCACAUACAUGGCAGCUUUGACGACCACUAUAAGUAACUUCACCAGCAAACACCGUGUUCAGGCUUUAGCUAUUCUGGAGUCAUUCUUGGGAGUGGGUGCCUUUGUAUUUUCCCUCUUAUAUGCUGUUGUUUUUACAAAUGGCCACAUAUAUGAUGAACAGAACCAAAAUUGGUCAGACUUUAUAAUGAUGCUAACAAUCGGUUCAAGUAUCGCAAACUGUUGCUGUGUUGCCUUUUUACGAAUUGUCCCUCAGUCAGAUGACAGUGAUGGAGAAAUUGAAACCACAGAUGAGAAUGAACUAAAGGAUAUCUUUGAUGAAACUAGAGAUGCCUCGGAAUCUACAGAACUUUUUCAUCAUGAAAAUGCUGAAAGGAGCAAUAAGCCCCCGAUAUAUAAACUGAUCAAAGAAAGCUGGUUGGAUUUCAAAAGGACUUUUAUAACUAAAAACUUCCAAAUAAUGCUCUGGUUAUCGAGUAUUAUCCCACAAGUAGGUUUUGUAUAUUUAAUAAACAUCACGGCAAUCUUGAAAUCUGCCGGACUUCAGUCAUAUAAUGGUAUAUUUACAAUUCUGUGCCCAAUAGCAGAAAUGUUAGCACGUGCUAUACUAGCUGUGAUUGCUCAAUUGCUAAAGGCGAAGUUAAAGAAACCUAUUCUUUUUCUUAUUACCAACAUGGGUUUUGUUGUAGGUCAAGGAUUACUUAUUAGUCUAGGCACUAACUUAGCAGCAUUACACACAGUAAAUAUUGUCAUGUCCAUGGCUCGUUCAUGCUCGUUUGUGCUUAUUGUGGCAAUAUUAAGUGAUAUGUUUUGCCAAAAGAAAUUUGGCCGUAUUUGGGGAUUCAUUUUAUUAGUGUCCACAAUUUUUAGUUUUUUAUACCCAAUGAUAUUCGGACUAGUCUAUGAUGCACAUACAAAGAUUGGCGACGUAGAUUGUUCUGGACUAGCCUGCACUCAACUUACAUUUAUAUUCACCAGUGUGUUCACCUUUGCUGCUUUAAUAUUGAAUGUUGUACUUAUUAUAGACACACUUCGUAUAACCUGAUUUUCUUAGAGGACGCCAUUCAAGCAAAAACACAAACGUGAACAACAUGUCACCACCAAUGGGUCAUACUUUAAACUGUAAAUAAACUAAUCACUUGAAAAGGAAAGUUUGGUUGAUUUAAAAAAAAGUAUCUUUUUAAUGAAAUAAAAAGUUCACUUUAAUUUUUAUCUAUUUUGAGGUUUUUUUUUAAAUUUUUUGAAUACUUUUGGUAAAUCAACCAAAGAAUGGGUAAUGAUAUGGCGAACUUUUUGAACACACGUUUCUCUUAAACCAGUCAUCAAAAAUUUCUGAAAAUCUUACAAAUUGUCAAUUUAAUGGCCAUCUUUUGAAUGGUAACAAUAUAAUUUGAAAUAGAUAUAUACUUUCAUCUAUAUUGUUUUAAAAAACACAUCAAACACUUGUUUUGUUCUUGGUAUCAUGUUUCCAGAGUGAAAUGAAACAUCUUUCCGAACCUCAUUGGAACAAAACGACAUUAACACAACAUGUUUAGGUCUCUCAAUAUUGUAAUUGUACAAAGGAAAUUUUGGUUGAUUUUAAAAAAGUAUCUUGUUAAUGAAAUAAAAGUUUUUUCUUGAUUUUUGUCUAUUUUGGGGGGAUUUUGUUUUAAUUUUUUGAAUACUUUUUUAAAAUCAACCAAAAAUUCCUUUGUAUAACUUUAAUAUUGAGAGGUCUAAAAACAUGUUGUAUAUGCUAUUUUGUUCCAACAAGGUUCGGAAAGACAUUUCAUUUCAUUCUAAAGAAUUGGUAGAAAGGAGCAAAAACAAUUACACUAAAAAAACAAAAAAAUUUAACAAAAACAGUUAUAUAAAAUAUUUCUAAAUAAUUUUCGCAUUAAAUUGUUGUCAAUCAGUCAACAUUACAUAAAAUACCAUGUUUUUUUACAGAAUGUUUUCAAUGAUUGGUUUAAGAGAAAAACAUUGUUGAAUUCAGUUCUCCAUAUCGAUACCUAUCCUUUUCCUUUGAUUAACUAUAAUAUUGAGAGAGCUAAGAAAAUGUUGGAUAUGCUAUUUUGUUCCAACAAGGUUGAGAAACAUAUUUCAUUUCAUUCUCAAGAAUUGAAAGAAAGUAACAAAAAUUGCAUUAAAAAUCAAACAAAAAUGUGAACAAAAACAGUUUUUUAUUUCAAUGUACUAGAUAUCAUGAUAUAAGGUUAAAAUUCUUUCAGAAUCUUGACCUAAAUAAUUUAGAAGAAAGUGAAAAAAUGAAACUUCUUUUCAAUGAACAUACCUGUAAGAUAGUUAAAUAUAUCAAACAAGCAUUUAUUAAAAGAAGGGAAUAUAUUUAUAAUCAAUGACUUUCUCUUAUAUACACUUAACAAACAAAGCAUAACUGCUGAAAUUUUAUUUUUAUAAUUUGUAAAAAGUGGUUGAUAAGCCCAAGGUGGGUUGGGUAAAUAAUUGUAUUAUACUGUAUUACUGAUAUAUAUUGCAUGUAGGACCGACCACUAUAAUAUGAAAUAAACUAACUAAACUAUAAAAAAUAUAUUUAAAUAAUUUUUGCAUUGAAUUGUUGUCGAUCAGUGACCAUUAUAUAAAGGACAUUGUUUUUUUACAGAAUGUUUUUAAUAAUUGGAGAAAAACAAUGUUGAAAUCAGUUCGCCAUAUCAAUACCAAUCCUUUAUGAAAUUAUGAAACUGUAAACUAAUUGAUACAUUUUAGAAAUUAACUUUUAAAUCAAUGAUGGGAGCUAUUAUUAACAAAGGAAUAAACUAGUUUGUAAGAUCCCCUUGUGACUUGUUAAGUCCCCAUAUAAAA